AUGACAUUAGGCUUCAUGCCUCUCCCGCCGCCGUACUCGCAGGCCGGGACGUCGUCUCAACGAUUCUCCCUCGUGACAAAUUUCAAGACCUUCACUACCAUGGCAGAGAUCUUCGUCGGACCAAAGGAGACGCGGUUCCUGGUGCAUCGCGAGCUUUUAACACACCACUCACCCUUCUUCACGGCAGCGCUGAACGGCUCCUUCGCGGAAAGCAUCUCGCAGACCGUGAAACUCCCCGCCGAGAACCCAGCCAUCUUUGAGCUGUGCGUCGCGUGGCUCUACACCUCCCAGCUCGACCCCCUCGUCUUCUUCAAAGACGGCAAGCCCGCCUACUACACGCUCCUCAACCUGUACGCGCUCGCGGACCGCCUCGCCCUCGAGGCCCUGCGCAACCAGACCAUCGACCAGAUCUCCGACCUCGCCGAGCAGACCAACUCGGUGCUCACGCCGUCAGACACGCGCAUCCUGUACGAGGAGAUCAGGGACAACGCGCCCCUCCGCGCCCUCGUCAUCGACCUCUUCGCCUUCAAGAAGACGGACAAGCUGCUCGCCGAGCACCCGGACGACUGGCACCCGCUCUUCUUGCGCGACCUGGCCGUGUACCUCAAGCGGCCGGGCACCGCGGCGCUGCUGCGGCACUCGCUGCAGCCGUGGCGGCCCGUGUCGUGGCAGGUGACCAAGGCGUGCGAUGAGUGCUCGAGGGUACUGGAGCCGGGGGCGAGGGCGAGUGCGUGUGUCAGCUGUGCCAAGGUGUAUUGUUUGAGGUGUUUGCAGAGGGGCGAGGGGAGGGCGGGGUUUGAGACGGGGACGUGUAGGCCGUGGAAGGGGGGGAGGUGUCGAUUGUAUCAUGAGCAUCGGGAGACGGAGGCGUGUCAGGAUUUGGUUAUGGGGAGGGGAGGGGAAUAG